CUUUCCUCUCCCAUUUUUUUUUUUUUUUCAUUCUCUCUCUCUCUCUCUCUCUUUCUCUCUCAUUUAUAUUCCCAGUUUUCAUUACAAUUUCUGUUAUGGUUUUCUCCUCUAAACCCUCUCAUCAAUCUCUUAUCUCUUCUUCUUCUUCUUCUUCUUCUUCUUCAUCUUUUCCUUUUCUAAUAAUCAUCGUCUUCUUCUUCUUCUUCUUCAACCACCAUGGGAGCUUGCAUAUCGACGGCCAAAGUUAGCGGCUCAAAUAGCAGCACCAACAACAAUAACGGAAAGGAAACGACACCAAAACCGCAGAAAACGACGACGAAAAUCCCGCAAGAGUCAGCGUCGUCGACGAACAACAACAACAAUCAACAGCAAAGGCUGAAGAACAGGCGUGGCGGCAAUGGGACCCACCAGAACCAGAAGAACAAUAAUCCUCAGCAGAAGGAGAAGAACACCAACCACGCGAGGAGGCAGAAGAGCGGGAUUAUCCCCUGCGGCAAGCGCACCGAUUUCGGGUACGCCAAGGAUUUCGACCGGCGUUACACGAUCGGGAAGCUCCUCGGCCAUGGCCAGUUCGGUUACACCUACGUCGCCACCGACAAGGUCAAUGGCGACCGCGUCGCCGUCAAGAGAAUCGAGAAGAACAAGAUGGUUCUUCCUAUUGCUGUUGAGGAUGUUAAGCGAGAGGUUAAGAUAUUGCAAGAACUUACAGGCCACGAGAAUGUCGUUCAGUUUUACAAUGCCUUUGAGGAUGAUUCAUACGUGUAUAUAGUUAUGGAGUUAUGCGAGGGUGGUGAAUUGCUGGAUCGUAUCUUGGCCAAGAAGGAUAGUCGUUAUUCCGAGAAAGAUGCAGCAGUAGUUGUACGUCAGAUGCUUAAGGUUGCAGCCCAGUGUCAUUUACACGGUUUAGUACACCGUGACAUGAAACCAGAGAAUUUUCUUUUCAAAUCAACCAGAGAGGACUCGCCUUUGAAAGCCACAGAUUUUGGUUUGUCAGAUUUCAUUAAACCAGGAAAGAAGUUCCACGAUAUUGUGGGCAGUGCUUAUUACGUUGCUCCAGAAGUAUUGAAACGCAAGUCAGGGCCUGAAUCUGAUGUCUGGAGUAUUGGUGUGAUUACCUAUAUUUUACUUUGUGGAAGGCGCCCCUUCUGGGAUAAGACUGAAGAUGGUAUAUUUAAGGAGGUCUUAAGGAACAAGCCUGAUUUUCGUCGCAAGCCUUGGUCAAGCAUAAGUAACAGUGCUAAAGAUUUUGUGAAGAAAUUGCUGGUAAAAGAUCCCAGGGCAAGACUAACUGCUUCUCAGGCCUUGUCACACCCUUGGGUUAGAGAAGGAGGAAGUGCAUCAGAGAUCCCGAUCGAUAUAUCUGUUCUGAAUAACAUGCGUCAGUUUGUGAAGUACAGUCGUUUGAAACAGUUUGCUUUAAGGGCAUUGGCAAGCACACUUGACGAAGAGGAGCUUGCUGACCUCAGAGAUCAAUUCGACGCAAUUGAUGUGGAUAAAAACGGCUCUAUUAGUCUUGAAGAAAUGAGACAUGCCCUUGCAAAAGAUCUUCCCUGGAAACUGAAAGAGUCAGGUGUUCUAGAGAUACUGCAAGCUAUUGACUGCAACACCGAUGGGCUUGUGGAUUUCUCCGAGUUCGUCGCAGCCACGCUUCACGUCCAUCAAUUGGAAGAACAUGACUCUGACAAGUGGCAACAACGCUCACAUGCAGCUUUUCAAAAGUUUGAUAUAGAUAAAGACGGAUUUAUAACACCAGAGGAACUCAGAUUGCACACGGGCUUAAGAGGCUCCAUUGACCCCCUUCUUGAGGAGGCUGAUAUCGACAAAGAUGGGAAGAUAAGCUUAGCGGAAUUCCGUAGGCUUCUCAGAACUGCAAGCAUUAGUUCACGAAAUGUUGCUAGCCCGUCUUCUGGUCCACGUAACACUCGAAAGUUAUAGACUCAGAAACUACAUUUUUGAAAAUAUUAGCGUCAGAAAGAGAGAUAGUAAGAAAGGUGGGGUUCCAUUUUCCUUAAUUUUAUCUACUUCCAAAUCAAUUCGAGUAAUGGGAUUUGCAUUAGAUUGUGUUUGUGAUUUGCAGAUCGAAUCAUUGUUGUUCUAUCGGAGUUGGUUUUGGAUGAAUCUGCGCAGAAGAUGGCUCCAGGUGUUGUGGUUAAAACUAGUGUAUAUCCUUGGGGAGUGUUGGUGCCCUACAAAUUGUAAUGUGUGACAUAAAUAAAUUUAUAGUGAAAAUGUGGUGCAUUUCAUCUA